AUGAGGUGCACAGCCAGUGAGGCUGUCAGGGGAGCAGGGUGGGGGGCAUUAUCGAGUGUGGCGGUGCCAUUUGCGGUGAACGGUCACUGGGCGGACCUGGUGCAGACGUUGCAUCCGGUGAUGGCCGGCGGCAACCGGCAUGUGUUUGGCACACACGGGCUGCAUGUUGCGUUCUUCGAGGGGCUGCUGCUGCUCUAUGACCUUCCAGACAAGAAAGUGGGCUCCUUCGACAUGAUGCCAAUGAAGACCAUCACCGCUGACCAGCUGAGGGGCGCAAUGGAGUCGGACCAACGUCUUACCUACGAGAUGUUCAGAGCCGUGGCUGACUGUUUGGCCUCGAUCCACGGCCUCGUAACCCGCCAUCCCAAAACGUGUGGUGUGGAUAAGAACUUGUGGCCGCGAUUGCAACAGUGGGCGACUCAUGUCCACCGCGUUCGGGGCAGGCAAUGGCAUGAGUAUCCUUGCUCCUCUCCAAUUAAGAAAUUCAAGAAGAUGCAUUUCACCCCGCUGGCCGUCAUUCGAAUACCUCUGGAAAACGUGGAGACAGGUACACUUAAAACCUUUACCAUUCCAGUCCAUCGAGCAUGCAAGGCCAGUGAGGUCACACCCAAGGGCGUAAAAGUCGCGCUAAAAGCUCUGAAAAAAGCGCCUCUGAAUGAGGUCGUGGGCUUUCUACUGAAACGGCGCACUAUCAACUGCGUCGCCCGAAGACAUCCUGGUUUCGAACGAGGUCCCUUCGCUUUCGGGGACGACCAUUCCAACGAAGUCGACCAUUCCAACGAGGACGUUGGAAGUUUCGUUAAUGUAUUCAAUAAUGAGCACAUUAACAACAUACCUGGCUUCUUUAACAGCCACGCGAACAUUUUCAAUCAUCCUAAUGUGUUUGUGGAUUAUGACGAAAACGAUUUCGAGAAUUGA